UCAGGAAUCCCUCUUUCACAACUUCACGUCAUGUCCGUUACUCUUGAACUUCCUUUGGCUCUCCACAUUCUCGAAGGCUACCUUGCCGAGAACAAAUACGUUGAAUCGGCUGCUGCUGAUGCUGCCGUUGCCAAGGCCCUCGGCUCUGCUCCCUCUGCCGAGUUCCCCGCUGUUGGCAAGUGGUUCGCCGAAGUCAACAAGGAUGCUGCCCCCGCUGCCGCUGAGGACGAAGACGAUAUGGACCUUUUCGGCUCUGACGACGAAGAAGUUGAUGAGGAGGCCGAGAAGAUCAAGGCUCAGCGCCUCGCUGAAUACCAGGCCAAGAAGGCUGCUAAGCCCAAGCCUCUUGCCAAGACCACCGUCACCUUGGAUGUCAAGCCCUGGGAUGAUGAGACUGAUGUUGAUGAGAUGACCAAGGCUGUCCGUGAUAUCAAGAUGGACGGUUUGUUGUGGGGUGGUUUCCAGCACGUCCCCGUUGGCUAUGGUAUCAAGAAGCUCCAGAUCAACUGCGUUGUUGAGGAUGACAAGGUUGCCAUGGAUGACUUGACCGAUGCCAUCUGCGAGCUCGAGGACUACGUUCAGUCCGUCGAUGUUGCUGCCAUGCAGAAGAUCUAAGCAUGUACAAAUAUAACACUUUAAAACCAUCCUAAUCAUCAUCUUUUUUUUUGUCUUUGUUACAACAUAAAAAAUAAAGAAUUCUUCUCAAUCUUCACAUUAACUU